GAGCGCGCGCCCGCCAUGGCCACGCUCGGCCUGUCCAAGGUGUUCAUCCUCGACAAGUACUUCACCGAGCUGCAGAAGUUCUGGGAGACGGAGAAGAAGCUGCAAGACGCGUCGUCGUCGAACGAGGCGGUGCACCUGCAGCGGCGGCUGCUGAGCCUGAGCUCGGAGCUGGUCACCCUCCGCAACCACCUGCACGUGGGCGGCGCGGCGCCGGGCGGCAGCCAGCCCGCCGUGCCGCCGCGCGCGCCGCUGCCGCCCGCCCGCGCCCGCGCCGCCGCCGCACCCGCACCCGCCGCCGCCGCACCCGCACCCGCCGCCGCCGCCAGGUGAAGUAGCGGCACCGCACUGCGCGCAGGCUGCGCCAGCCGGGCUUGUGUCGCAGAAUCGCGACGCGCGGGCGCGGCGCCGGCCUGCGACGUGGACGACCUCAUCCACCUGCGCGGCCCGCUCACCGAGGACGCCGUGGUGCGCGCGCUGCAGGCGCGCUUCCACCAUAACAAGUUCUACACGUCCGUGGGGCCCAUCCUCAUCGCGCUGAACGCGUACACGGACACCGGCAACGCGCUGACGCCCAACGCGGCGCGCGCGCAGCGGCCCGAGCUGGCGCGCCUGGUGCAGGACGCCGUGCGCCACCAGGCCGACACGGGCUGCCCGCAGGCCAUCGUGCUGUCGGGCGUGUCGGGCUCGGGCAAGACGCACGCGUCCAUGGUGCUGCUGCGGCGCCUGUUCGACGUGGCGGGCGGCGGGCCCGAGACGGACGCCUUCAAGCACCUGGCCGCCGCCUUCACCGUGCUUCGCUCGCUGGGCACGGCGGCCACGCACGCCAACUCCAACUCCAGCCGCAUCGGGCACUUCAUCGAGGUGCAGGUGACGGACGGCGCGCUGUACCGCACCAAGAUCCAUUGCUACUUCCUGGACCAGACGCGCGUGGUGCGGCCGCCGGCGGGCGAGCGCAACUACCACAUCUUCUACCAGCUGCUGGCCGGCCUGGCGCCCGAAGAGCGCGCGCAGUUGCACCUGGACGGCUACUCCGCCGCCGACCUGCGGUACCUGGCCACGAGCUCGCCGCGCCGCGCCGAGGCGGAGGACGCGGCGCGCUUCGCCGCGUGGAAGAGCUGCCUGGGCGUGCUGGGCAUCCCCUUCCUCGACGUGCUGCGCGUGCUGGCCGCCGUGCUGCUGCUGGGCAACGUGCACUUCAGCGACUCCGCGGACGGCCAGGCCGAGCCCACCGGGGAGGCGGAGCUGGCGGCGGCGGGCGCGCUGCUGGGCGUGGGCGCGGCGGCGCUGCUGCGCGGGCUGGGCGCGCGCGGCGGGCGGCGCGGCGUGCGCGCGGCGGCGGGCGCGGCGGCGGCGGGCGCGGCGCGCGACGCGCUGGCCAAGGCGCUGUACUGCCGCACCGUGGCCACCAUCGUGCGGCGCGCCAACUCGCUCAAGCGGCCGGGCUCCGCGCCGGGCACGCUGUCGUCGGACUCGGGCGAGUCGGCGGCGCGCGCGGCGGGCGGUGCUCGCGGCCGCGCGGGCGCGCGCUCCAUGGCGGCGCUCAACGACGCCGUGCGCCACGCCACGGACGGCUUCGUGGGCAUCCUCGACAUGUUCGGCUUCGAGGACGCCGCGCCCAGCCGCCUGGAGCACCUGUGCGCCAACCUGUGCGCCGAGACCAUGCAGCACUUCUACAACACGCACGUGUUCAAGUCGUCGCUGGAGUCGUGCCGCGAGGAGGGCGUGGCGGGCGCGCUGGACGUGGAGUACGUGGACAACGUGCCGUGCAUCGACCUGGUGUCGUCGCUGCGCAGCGGGCUGCUGGCGGCGCUGGACGCCGAGUGCGCGGCGCGCGGCUCGCCCGAGCAGUACGUGGCGCGCGUGCGAAGCGCACACAGGUCGCACCCGCGGCUGGCGGAGCCGCGGCCGCCGCACGCGCGCCGCUUCGCCGUGCGCCACUUCGCGGGCGAGGUGACGUACGACGCGAGCGACUUCCUGGACGCCAACCGCGACGCCGUGCCCGACGAGCUACUGGCCGCCUUCGACGCGCGCUGCUGCGACUUCGGCUUCGCCACGCACCUCUUCGGCGCCGAGCUCAAGGCGCUGGCGGCGGCGGGCGGGCCGGCGGGCGCGCAGUUCCGCGCGUCGCCCACGGCCGGCGGCGUGGCGGGCGCGGGCCCCGCGGGCGCCAGCACGCUGACGCAGGACUUCCACACGCGCCUCGACAACCUGCUGCGCACGCUGGUGCACGCGCGCCCGCACUUCGUGCGCUGCGUGCGCGCCAACGCCGCCGAGACGCCGCUGCUGUUCGAGCGCGCGUGCGUGGCGCGCCAGGUGCGCGCGCUGCAACUGCUGGAGACGGCGCAGCUCAUGGCCAGCGGCUACCCGCACCGCAUGCGCUUCCGCGCCUUCGCCGCGCGCUACCGCGCCGAGCACGAGUCGGGCGCCGCGUGCGCGCGCGUGCUGCGCGCCGUGGCCGCCGCCGCCGCGCCGCCCGCGCCCGCCUCGCCCGCCGCCGUGCGCUGGGCGCUGGGCAAGCGCCACGUGUUCCUCAGCGAGGGCAUGCGCCAGGUGCUGGAGCGCAUGCGCCGCGCGCGGCGCCAGGCGGCCGCCGAAGUCAUCCAGGCGGCGUGGCGAGCGAGCCGUGCGCGCGCGCCGCGCUCGGUCGCCGGCUCGCUGGCGCGGCCCGCGCCGCCGCGCCGCCCCGCGCCGCCGACCGUGCCGCCGGCCGCGCCGCCGCCCGCGCCCGGCAAGUGCGACCCGCAGCUCGUGAAGCGCACGUGCUCGCUGUUCGGCCUGGACCUGGAGCGGCCGCCGCCGCUGCCGCCGCCGCGCGCCUACACCGUGGCCGACGGCGUGAAGCUGGGCUACCCGCAGCAGCGCUGCGUGGCGGCCGACUGGGCCGACGGCGCCGUGUCGCUGCGCGCCGGCGACGCCGUGCUGGCGCUGGGCGCGGCGCGGCGCGGGCACGUGACGGUGCAGGUGCGCGGGCGCACGCUGCCGGUGCCGCACGCCGUGCUGGCGCCGCCGCGCGCGCCGCGCCCCGCGCCGCCGCCGCCGCCCGCGCCCGCCUGA